AUGCGCUUCAACGGCUUCACAAAGGCCCGCGUGCGGUCUGACGGAAUUUCCCUGCUGACAACUUCGCCGCCGCCGCCGCCUUGUCCCGCGAGGCCUGCCGCCCGAUAUCGGGCCGCCCCGCGAGCGCGUGAGGACUUGGGGCCGGAGGCAGGCGACGGCCGCCCCUCAGUAUGGCCCGCGGGGGUCCCCGCCUGGCCCCGAGCGGCGGCGGCGCGGCGGGUGGCCGACUCCAAAGUUGAGCGCAGGCGGGCGGCGCGGGUGGUGGCCUCUCGUGACGCUCUAGCUGCACUUGCUCCAGGCGCUGGUUCAAGUUUCAUACCCUUGUGGUGUGAGAAGCUGCAUCAUUUUGGGGGCUCACCCGGGAUAACUUCGGAGCCUGCUUCUCCGGGCCGCCCCAGCCUCUGGGUGAGGCAAGGGUGCUCUUUACUUCCUUUACUCGCUCGAUGUGUGCCUCUAACUCCGUCAGUGCCACGGACCCCGAUGCUCAGCAACGCAAGAUGCUGUGAUAGAAGCUGGAAAUGCAAUGAGAACAAGAAGGUCACCAUCCCUGGACUCCUGGGCCUUAUCAACGGGGGUACAGACACACAAAUAGGCCAUGGAGGGCUAAGAAGCAGGACAGUGAUUAAGGAAACACACUCCGGCUUUCACGUGGAGAAGUGGCUGUCCUGGACAAAGUCAGCCGCGGCCAGGCCAUGCCGGAAGCUGCUGCAGUACCAGAGGUUCAAGAUGGAAACCACCUCAUUCAAGGAGCUCUGGGUCUUGCCUAGGGUCUUACCCAGCAUGUAGGAUUCUUUGGGGCCCAGAGAAAUUCUUCGGGUGAUCCUGGACCCUAGGUAUACAGCUGGAUAUCUAAGAAUAUGUAUGGAUUAGCAUUUGUGAGUGAUCUUUGGUUCCAGAGUGGACUGAAAUCUCUGAGAUCCCAUAGGGGCUGAUGGAUUCAGGCACAAAAAUUCUGUCAGUCCAGUUGAGACUCCUGCGUUUAAGACUGACCAAAGCCAGCCCUGGUUUUACAGCUAAGAGGGAAAGUCACUUUUACUUAGGUGUCACUUAUCUUGCUUUGGAAUUAAAUGCUCUUUUGUUCUGUUAUUAUUUUUGUUGCUUUCAAAAGACAGUCUAACAGAAUGAGGGGGAGAUUCACUAUCACUUAAUUUUCAUGAUAAUAAGUAGACCCACUAGUGCCGGCAAUGUGCUAGGAUUUCCAUCAGUGUGUGUUUAUUACUAUGGGUACUAAAGCUGUAUAGUUCUACUUCAGAAUGUCAAGAACUUCAUAUGUAUUUUCUAAACCUCAUUUUUUUCUUCUAAAAUGUACUUGUUUUCCUCUUACCUAAGAAACUUGCAUUAAACGGUUACGGAUUCUUUCUGUCUCUUGUCCUAUUGCUGUGCUCGCCCUGCCAAAUGCCAGGUCCCACAGGUCCCGUUUCCUCCAUGAACAGCAUCCUUCCCCAUUCUAACAGAGUAGCCGUGACCAAGCCUUGCUUUUGACUUUUCCUUUCCUCUU